GUCAUGAAAAGAAGAAGAAACGUUGGGUUAGGUCACUUGUGAACUUGUUUUGUGCGUGCCACCGGCUUAGAAAUGUCUGGAAGCGGGGAUACCAAUGGAUCUGAGGAAAUCCAGGACAAGAAGCAGAAGAAAGUAACAAAGCACGAUGGGGGAGCUGCUGAUCUCGAAAGGGUCACGGAUUACGCUGAAGAGAAAGAAAUAUCGUCAGCGGACAUGUCAAGUGCUGUUAAUAUGUUCGGCGACAAGCGAAGUAGAGAGAAUGAAGAAAGAUUGGCAAAGGAACUGGAACUACAAAAAAUUCAUAUUAAGAAGGAAGAUGUAGAACUUAUAGUGUCGGAAAUGCUUAUUUCGAAGCCCCAAGCAGAAAAAAUUUUGCGUGAACACAGUGGGGACGUAGUGGCGGCUUUACAGGAGCUAACAAAUUAACCUAAUAAUAACAUACUUCGGUUAACAUUCAUUACACCCUUAAUAGAAAGGCAUAGUAUUUGUAUGAAAAAUCAAAAUUCACUUAUUUUGCAAUGAAAACAAAAUACAACAAUUUUUAUGUGUAGAAAUUUAAUUGUAACAAUUGCGCACUAGAAAUGGAUAUCUUCUUGUCUUGUGUGUUUCCUGCUUUUAUUUUCAGUAAACACAAUCUCUGAAUUAAACAACCUCCCAGUAUUUUUUUUUUUAAAUUUCUAUACUGGCUUCAUACGUUUCUAUUUUCUGGUAGUAUUUCUGCUAAUAAUAUAUUCAUUAAGGCGAAUAUGAAAAGAAAAGGUUUCUCAGUGAUAGUAACACUGUAGUAAAAAUUCUUUACUUGCUCCUCUGGUUUAUUUCCAAAGUAUUCAUUAAGAUACUGUACAGACAUGGUAUCAUAAAUACAGAGAUUUUAAUCUUAA